CCUCACCCGAGUCAUUUAGAGGCGCCAGUGACAACGGAGCUGCCUCGACUAUCGUCGCCACUCGCACCGGCGACUUGGCAGACUCGGUGCCCUCCAUUUCGAUACCGACCCGGCCUCUCCGGAAAGGACGCACUCAGCUGGGCCACGUUACAGGAUUUCAACGAACCCGACGCAACUGUCACGGCACAGCAGGCGCAACAGUUGACAACCCUUUCCCUCGCGCAGCGUGGGCCGGCCGCCUUCGAUCCCGCAGAGGCGGCUACAGCGUUCACUGUAGCGACUUGUCCCCACCUGGUGAGCCAACAUGGGUCGCACGUCGAUAGCGGGGCCCCCUUCGUCCGAGGGGGCCCGUCAGGCUGAGCGCGUCGUCUCCUCCUCUGCGACCAGCGACGCCUCCAUGAACGGCGCCAGGGAUUCAGUUGCCAUGGAGCCGCCGUGCGACGCGCAAGAGCGCCAGCUCGUUGCGUCCAUCGCACGCGACUACCGAUCCAUCCUCGAGAAGCUGGGCGAGAACCCCGACCGCCAGGGUCUGAGACGGACGCCCGAGAGAGCGGCCAAGGCCAUGCUCGCCUUCACAUCCGGAUACAGCCAGGACGUCAGAGAGGUCGUCAACGAUGCCGUGUUCUUGGAGGACCACGACGAAAUGGUCAUCGUCAAAGACAUCGAGAUGUUCUCGCUAUGCGAGCACCACUUGGUGCCCUUCAUCGGCAAGGUGUCCAUCGGGUACCUGCCAAACAAGAAAGUGCUGGGGCUCAGCAAGCUGGCCAGGAUCGUGGAGGUAUUCAGCAGGAGGCUGCAAGUACAAGAGCGGCUAACGAAACAAAUUGCGAUGGCAGUAACAGAAGCAGUCGGCCCUACUGGUGUCGGAGUGGUGAUACAAGCAACGCACAUGUGCAUGGUGAUGCGGGGCGUGCAGAAGGUGUCCAGCAAGACCAUCACGAGCUGCAUGCUUGGAGUAUUUCGGGAAGACCCCAAGACUCGCGAGGAAUUCCUCAAGCUCGUGCUCGGGGGCCAGUGAAAAAGAAAUGCCAGUCGACAACGGGAGGAAGAAGGGUCGCCACCCAGAUUGAAGAAAAAAAAAACCGUGUUUUUUGGCUUUUAUUUCGUCGUGACAACGUGUGACGCCGGGGGGGCCUUGUCGUAACCGUCGACGAGACGACCCCCGGCAAAA